CAUUCUCUUACCUCCCGCUAUUCGGGCACAUUUCUAAAUAAAUUCAACACAGUCCGUUCGCGAACCCGACCCACACGCGUUGCCCAAAAACCCGAUAAAAAUAUAAAUAAACCGCCCGAUUUAGGGGGGUCGCUAUCGCUGGGAAAUCUCGCGGUAAUCGGCCGGUAAUUAGUAUCGGUAAUUGCGCGUUAAUUGAUUUUCCCCGAUGGUUUAACGACCGUUUCGGCAUCGACUCGGCGAUCUAUCGUACCAUGGACGGGCUCAGAUUGGCCAUACAGACCAGUUUGGGCGAGAGGAUGGUCAGCAUGAAUUCGACAUUAGUGGAAACAGUCAGCAUAAACUACGAGGAUUUCAACGAAAGUUUCCUAACAUGCGGCACGUGUCUGUGCAUGUACGACGGCCAGGAGCACACGCCGAAGCUGCUGCAAUGCUCGCACACCGUCUGCCUGCACUGCCUCGCCCGCAUAGCGGCGUCGCAGACCCGCGACACCGGCACCUUCCGCUGUCCCAUCUGCCGCGAGCUCAUCCACAUACCGCGCGGCGGCGUCUCGGCGCUGCCGCCCUCCUUCCUCGUCAACCAGCUGCUCGAUCUCAUGUCGCGGCAGCGCCGCGAGGUCAUACCCAAGUGCUCGGUGCACAUCAACCAGGAGCUGCUCUUCUGCGAGACCUGCGACACGGUGUUCUGCACGCUGUGCACCGGCGGCUCGCACAACGACGCGGCGGCCAGUUGCGAGCACACCAUCAUACCGUUUUCGAUCGCCAUCAAGAGGAUGUCCGAGAUUUUGUUGUACAAAGCCAACGAUUGCAUAUCUAAGUUGUCUCAAGCCCAAGAGGGGGUCAGCUCGGAGCUGUGCCUGCUGGAUUCGGCUAAAGAAACCUGCCUAGAGAUAAUAAACGAAACAUUCCAGCAAAUCCAGGCGUUGAUGGAUCAAAGGAAGAAGGAAAUAAUCGAUACGGUGAACGGGAUAUGCCUGGAGAAACGACGGGUGUUGGAAGAGCAACAUACGCUUAUCGAAAACGAGAAAAAUAAGGUGCAACAAGAGUGCCAAGGGCUCCAGUACCAGGUGGAGGUGCGCAACAUCACGCAGCGCAUCGAGAUCCUCUCCGAGAAGCUGGACACGACGGUGGCGUUGAGCGAGCCGCGCGAGAACGCCUUCCUCACCGUCAAUUUCGAUCUCAACGACAGCCUGGAGCACAUCCGCCAGCACCUCAGCGUGCUGGGGAAGGUGCGCACCAGCACCACGUUUCCCAGGCUGUGCACCGCCCGCCUGGAGGGCGCCACCGUCGCCGGCAUCGAGAAUUUCGUCGCUCUCACCACCGUCGAUUAUCACGGCGACGAGAGGAAAACCGGCGGGGAUCCCGUCGAAGCCGAGCUGUUGCUUGUACCGGCCGAUGAUAGUUCGAGUGUGGAUGUUGAGGAGAAUCAUCCGGUGAGGGUGGAAGAUAACAACGAUGGUACUUACAAAUUGUACUUCAGGGUACCGAGGUCCGGUAGGUACGGAAUGAAGAUAUCUGUGAUAAAUCGACCGAUAAAGGACGUGCCGUUGUAUUUCGAAGCGACCGAUCACAACGAUCCGAUAUGCGUUUACGGAUCAAGAGGUAGCGGUAAAGACGAGUUCAUGCAACCUGUGGCCGUGGUCAUCGACGAAAAAGACCAAACCAUCUACAUCCUCGACACCGGCAACUCGAGAAUCAAAGUCCUCAACGACAAGCUCGAAUGCAUCAAGCACGUCACCAACGAGGGUUUGCUGGGCAGGAGCUGCACCGGCAUCGACGUGAUCAACGACGGGCUGAUCGUGAUCAACUGGCGCACCAAGUACAUCACCGAGAUGACCACCGACGGGGAGACGAAGAAGACCUUCACCUACAACGCCUUCCAGGAGCCCAUCGAUAUAGCGGUGGACAAGAAUUACGGGCACGUGUUCGUGGCCGAUAACGGGAUGAAUUGCGUGUUCGCCUUCGACGCCGACGGGAAGAUGCUGUUUCAGGUGGGCAAGAAGGGCACGUUCAAUCUGAUCGCUUCGGUGGCGGUGGGGCCGCUGGGGGAGAUCAUCGUCGCCGAUUCCAGGGUGCAAAUGUUCUCGGCCAAAGGGGAUUUUAUGGAGGUCAUUUACGACGAAGGAAAAGGUAAAGGUAGAUACGGAGGAAUAGCCAUAGACGGCGAGAAUCGGGUGUUGUUGACGAGGACCGAGCAGAAAGGGCGCACGUUCGUGCAGCUUCUGUCGCUGACCGAUAGGAGUCUCAAUCAAUGCAUCGAUUCGCACGAGGCCAAGUUGAAGAGACCCAGCGGACUGGCCGUUACCGGUGAUAAUCACGUAAUCGUGGUGGAUUUGGGCAACAGUUGCGUGAAGAAGUACAGAUAUUGGUAGUCG